AUGCCUAGGGGCAACAAGAGCAAGAGCCGCUCACGGGCCAAAAGGCAGCAGAUGCGAGCAGAGGGCCAGAAACCCCAGGGUGCUCAGCCCACUGCUCAGGAGGAAGCAGCAGCCAGGUCUCCUGGCCAGGAAGAUGCCCCCAGCUCCCCUGAUGUCUGCCCCCCUCAGGGGUCCCAUGAGGCCGCAUCCCAGGGCACUCCUGUAUUACCUGUGCCCCACCCCGUCGGUGAGGCCGGCGCUCAAGCUUCUGUUUCAGGUGUCGAUGAGAGACGCUCAAAUGUCUCCACUAUAGCAGAGGCCAUCCAGUCUGCACUCACAGAUCCCAUAUCCAGGCAGGCCAGCAAGGUAUUUCACUACAUGCUGGAGAAGUACCAGGAGGAUGAGCAGCCUGUGCAGGCAGAUAUGCUGAAGCUGGUCAGCAGGAAGUACAAGCCUCACUUCACCUGGAUCCUGGAGAAAGCCACCUGCCAGCUGGAGGUGGUCUAUGGUCUGGAGCUGAAGGUUGACAACCCUACCAUUCCCUCCUAUGUCCUUGUUAGCAAGUUACCCAUCCCCCCCGGGGCAAAUGUGGGUGGCAGGAAAGAAUUACCAAAGACGGGUCUCAUACUGACCCUCCUGGGUAUGAUCCUCAUGAAAGGCAACCGUGCCAGUGAGCAGGAGGUCUGGGAGUUCCUCCAUAUGCAGGGGAUAUAUCCUGGGAGGAGGCACUUAGUCUUUGGGGAGCCCCGGAGAUUCCUCACCAAAGAGCUAGUUGAGCAAAAGUAUGUGGAGUACCGCCAGGUGCCUGGCAGUGAUCCCCCAAGCUAUGAGUUCCUCUGGGGUCCCAGAGCCCGUAAUGCAACCACCAAGUCAAAAGUCCUGGAUGUUUUAGCUAAGAUCAAAGAUGCCAUUCCUGGUUACUAUCCUCAACAGUAUGAGGAGGCUCUGAGUAACUGGGCUGAGAGAGCAGCAAGGAGAGGUGAGGCUGGUCGGUACCGUGUUGCCAGGACCCUCUCCCAUGCCCACGCUAGCAGCUUCUCCCACACUUAG